ACAGACACACCCCACAGACACACUUCUCUACUGAGAAGCAGAUAGGUAAUGCUUGCAUGUUAAACUGAACUCAGCUGGGUCAGCGAUAAAAUCUCCAAGCAAACUUCUCACUACUGUUUUGCAUUAUUUAGGCUACUUUAAGUAACAUGUCCUUCGGCGGCUUCAUGCAACCUGUUAAGGUAGGCCUAACUGAGAUUUCUGCACCAGUUUUUGGUGGGGGUACAUCUUUCUCAGUAUUACCGUUAGUCUCUGAAAUCCCAGUGACUACAUCGGCAGGGGACGACAAAUCCAAGUCCAGGAGGAGAAUGACAAAAAACUCUGAGGAGAAUGGGAUAAACUCAUCUGGGGGUUUUGCAGGCCUGCCAGGGGCAGAACAGUGGCAAAGUAAGAUGGAGUCCCCAUGGAGGGAGGUGGCAUGGACUGAGGAUCGCAAGAAGACCCUGAUGGAGUCUAUCAGUUCAUAUAAGCCUGGUUGUGAGGCUGUGUCUGAGGCUCGGGUUCUGCUGAUGGGGCCUGUCGGAGCCGGCAAGUCCAGCUUCAUCAGCUCUGUUCAGUCAGUCUUCACAGGAAGAGUCACUAACCGGGCCAUGGUUGGCUCUUCCUCUGCCAGCUUCACCAAAAAGGUAGAGCUCCAGUUGUUCAACAUUCGUGGGCGGAAUCCAAAGCAGCCUACUGCGCUGGUCCUGUGUGAUGUCAUGGGUCUGGGAGAUGGGGAGACUGGACUAACCCUCCAUGAUACUCUGGCUAUCAUCAAAGGCCAUGCACCCGAGGGACACAAGUUCAGUCCUGAGCGGCCUGUGAGAUCGGAGACUGUGGGCUAUGUGAAGAAGCCGUCCCUUAAAGACAAGGUCCACUGUGUCGUCUUUGUGGUGGAUGCUUCUAAAGUGUCCAGCUACACCAAAGGCCUAGGCACCACCUUCCAACAGCUCCGAGAACACAUCAGUGACCUGGGUGUGCAUCAAGUGGCACUGCUGACACACGUGGACCAGGUGUGUCAGGAAACCGCCCGUGACAUCACCCAGGUGUACAACAGCCGGGUCGUUCAGCAGACGGUACUCUCAAUAAUACCCCUUAUUGAUGUUAGUCAGCUAUUGGAACAUCAGCUAUUGGAACAUCUGAAGUUUAACCUCCCUGUAUGUACAGUAGUUCUACUGUGAACAUCCUAAGCCUAAACUGUCUCUUUAACAAGGCUGUGAAAUGCUGUGUAACAUAAAAAUGCAUUACAUAUGCUUUUUGUGUUCUAUUACUUGCUUGCAUUAUUGUUAACUUGUUAAUUAGUCCUUUACAGAAGUCUUGCUUUGAGUUAAAUUAAUGUGUAGGAGGGAUGUCUAGGGAUGUUUUAACCUGUUUUGUACACUAGGGGCACUCAUGUGGGGUUAUGGGUCACUGGCCACAUGGAUAUACUCUAGGUACAAAGUUGACCAGGGAAGUGUUAGCUAAGCACAGGUGAGGGACACGUUCAACGGGGGCAGGGCCGAUAAUGUCUUGGAUGAACAAGGAUGGGAAGGGGGCUCUUCCUAUCUACGGUGGCCCACAAGGCCUUUGUGGAAGUAAAUGAGGAGGCCACCACUGGCAUGGUGACCCUAGAAAUCCUGUUAAAUUAUUAGUAUUAUAAUUCCUAAUUCUACGAUGGUGACGUUCUCUAUGAUCUGAGAGGAACGCUACACGGCAGACCACCCUCUAUAGACAGAAGCCCAACUCUGUCCUGUUCCUCUGCAGGUUUUCCUCUCCUCUGUAGAAUAAAUGUAGAGAGAAACUGAAUCCACUAAGUCAAAUAAAAAAUACUGUCUACGUUUA